UUCUGAGUUCCCGCUUUGAAAUCACCGCGAGGUUUUGAGUUAACUCAGUGUUGUGUGCUUAUUAUUUUAUAAUUAUAGUAUACUAAAGGUUUCUGUAUGAGACAUUUGUACCAUAUUCUUGAAGUCAUCUACCAUGGAUAUAUCAACAAACUAUGAACAACAUAAGGACAUCACCUAUAGAGAAACAAAAAGUAAGCUUUCUUCCAGUUCUAGUGAAUCUGAUGAGGAUGAUGAUAAUUUAUCAUGGAAAAGAAGGGCUAUCUCUCGGAAGUCCAAAUCUGGUAAUGAACCUAGUAUGGAAGCAGUUCCUUCACGUAUACCUACUCAUCCUUUACAAGAAGAGUUUUGUGUCCUUACUGAAGACCGGUUAUCUCGAAAAAGAAAGCCAAAUACCAUCUGGGCUGGUAUUUUACAAGAACAGAGUUUAACAGAAAACUUAGGCCAUUGCGAUAUUGAACACAAAGACCUGAAUGGAUGGGAUAGAGCUUGCGAGACUUAUGAUUUCACACGGAGAGAGCUGGAUCUACGGCCUGAUCCAGAAGAAAUAGAUAUGUUUACUGACAGUUUAGAACAAUAUGACAUUGAGAAGGAACAAUCAAAAGAAAAAAGCAAUGUUAAAGAGUGCUUAGGUCCAUCAAUAUCCAAGGAUUUGAUUACCUCAAGUGCUGAUAAAAUAAAUCAAAGAAUUGGCAUGGACAUUGCUAGGAAACUGAAUGAAACCAAACAUGAUUUAAUUGUUCGAGUGGUUAAAAUCCUAGGAGUAGAAAAAGCUGAAGAAUUAUAUAACAAGACAGAAAACGUUGAAGAAUCGGGAGGCAUGUUGAUUUUAAAUGGACAGAGACGUCGCACACCUGGAGGUGUGUUUUUGCAGUUACUGAAAAAUGACAAUGAUAUUACCAAGAAGCAAAAAGAUGAAAUAUUCAUAGAUGACAGAAGAGAAAAAGAAAUAAAAAAAAGGGAAAUAAAAAGAGCACAAAGAAGAAGGAGAGCAGAAAAACUUAAAACUGCACGUGAAAAAAUGGAAAUUGAGAAUAGCUUACAAGAGUUAAAACCUCUUCCAUGUGUGGAGGAGCUAGCUGUGAAGAGGUCAAAUUUGGAUUGUUUUGACACAGAAAUUAAAACUGGAAUCAAGAGUGAUUUACAGUCAGCAGUGAAAGAAGAACCACACAUAGAAAUCAAAGAAGAAGAGCUAGAAGAAGGAGAAAUCAUUGACUGAGCUAUUGUGUGUAAAAUCCAAAUUGAGAUUCAGAGUACUGGUGUGGUACCAGCAUAUUUUAGUUUAUGAUGACUGUUAGUAUGAAAAUUAACAUGACGUGGUAGAAGGAAGGAUAUCCUAAAAGUUGAAACAUAUACUUUUGAUUUUAAAGGUUAAUAUUACUAAAGGAAAAGUAGCUGAUUAAACAACAGUAUUAAAACUGCCACUUCAAACAAAAAAUGGUGAAAGAAGAAAAUAAGAUGUCUUGUGUUAUGCAAAGCUCAAUGAUUUUGCAUUUGGAAGUGUUUAGUAUCCUUGUCAUGCUUCAUGAAAGAGAACUGUUCAGAGCAGUAAGGUCAUUUUCAGGAAUUUGGUAUUUACUCUUGAGUACGUAUUUUAGGUUUUGCCUUUAUUAGGGCUACAAAUAUAAAAGUUGCUUCAUACUUUUAGAUUGUAUGUUAAGAAGUAUGGUACUUUCAUGUUGUAAAUUUUAAUUAAAUUAAUACUGAUCUUUACUAAAAUAACCUAAAAUUAAAAAUGUGCUAAGACUGGGAUACAUUUUUCAACCAGUAAUCUUUGUUUUUAGUUUUUUUCCCCACUAUGGCAUAAACCUAAUUUGGUAUCAGACAUUAUCUAUGCUGUUGCAGUACCUGUGUGUUAGUUUUUUGUAGCAGUUAAGUUCUAAUUAAAUAUUCACAGCUCAAAUGAUUGUUUGUUGAACAAAAUAAUCUUGAACUGUAUAUGUAGCAGUUUCUAAUAAUAAUAUAAAAGGAGCUAUGAAAUCUUGUACACCUACUGAGAAUUAAAGCAAUGAAAGAAAUGCAAUGUGUAAAUAAAGUUAUGAGCAUCUUUUUUUACAUAAAUAUAACUACACACAUGUAAAACACCAAAUAAUGUUAUCAAAUUCCAAAACUCAAAUUUAGUUUCUAGUAUUAAGGAUUUAUAAGUUAGAAAAUCUUUUCACACAAUAUUAAUUAAUUGAAAUUUCUAACAAAGACAUUGAAGUCUUAGCCAGAAAAUAUUUUGUAUUGAUAAUUCAGCAUUUCAUCUUAUCAGCUAUUAGUCUACCCAAUUAUAUAUACUUUAAGAUUUUUUAGGUAAUGAUGAUUUAAAGUUUGAGAAAAUAGGCCAUGAAGUUGAGCAUUCUGGGAGGAAGUCUUUGUAAGUGGAUCAAAAAUUGACAUUUAUUUUUAACUGGUUCACUGCUGUGAAUGUAUUUCUUUUCCUAUUUGAUGUAAAAAUUGUAAGUGGGUAUUAAUAGAAAAUAUGAACCUCUGUUUUACAGAAGGUGCAUGGGUUUGACCAUUGGAAUGACCUUCUAUUGGAGAAGGAUCGUUGAUUACAAUUUUGAAUUUACUGUGUGUAUCUAUAUGACAUACAAGCUUUUAGUAAAAAUAUACAUAAAAAAUCAAAUGUGUUACAAAAGUAUUUGUACUCAAGAUAUGUCUGUGAACUGACAAUAUCAGUCUGAGAAGACGGAGUACAAGAUGUCCAGGUAAAGAAUGAAAAUACUUUUGUCCAUCAUACAGUUUGCAUAUUGCAGUCAUAUAGCCUCUAAAACCUCCAAAAUGCAUAACUAGUUUUUCGGUAUCUCUGUGUAUUGUAUCUGGUACUUAAUCUUCUGUACUACAAACUGUUGAUAAAUCAGUAAUGGUAAAAUGAAUAGUUGAUAACUCUGAAAUGAAAUACAUAAUAUAUUGUUCAAUGACAUUGUGUAGAAGGUCAUAACAGUACAAUUUGACCCUACCCAUGCUUAUAGGGUUAACAGGAUGAAAUCUGUUAUGAUACUCUACAUAAAGGUACAUUUAUAACUUGCUUGUAAGAUUAAAUUUUAAUCAUAGUAUGCAGGGUUUAAACAUGUUUCAGUAUAUAUGUUUGUAUAACAAUGACACAGUUUAUAAUGCAAAAUAUAGUUGAAAACUUAAGAUAUUCAAUGGUCUUUGUAUAGGUUUACUAUUACUAUGCAAAGUGAAUGGUUAACCAUCAUAUAAUAUUCAAAAUGUAUUUAUUAUUAACUUUUGUGUAAUAUAUAUAUAUAUAAUAAUAGUCUAUAGAUAAGCAGUGAGUUUAUAAAUGCUUAUCUUUAUAAUUUUGUGAGAUUCAAAAUAUAAAAUAUAAUUACCUAGUAAAUUCAAUAUACAAAUUUCAUUGAAUUUGACUGUUGAGAAAAAGUGGGAGGUUGAUUCAUUUUAGAAGAAGUCCAAAUUUAAUGUAAUAGAAAAGGUAAAAUAUUACCAUUAAUAACUGCAUUUAAUAGGUGAUGUUUUAGCUUACUGCCCUAUUUUUCAUAUCUAACAACAGCUGCAAAUCUAAAUCUUAAAUUAUUAUGUAGUAAAUAUUAAGAGUAUUUAAAUUUUUCUGUUUGUGCUGAUUCAGUUCACUGAAUCAUAAGCAGGUGAGGAAUAGGUAUUAACAUGUUCAUAAAAUAUGGGAAAUCCCAGAAACACUGGCUGGAAUCCCAUUUUGUGAUACCUUUCAUUACAAAUACUUUUGUUUUAGUUUUCUUUUCUUUUUUUUUUCAAGUGUAAAAUACAUAGGAAUAAAAAGGAUUGUUAUCUCAGAAGGUGGAAUAUAGAAAAUGGUACCUACAGAAUCCCAUUCUGAUAAAGUUUGGCUGAUAAGUGACUCCCAAAGGUUUUUGGCAUCCCGUGUACAAGAUGUUCUAAAAAAAAAGUGGGGGUAUUUAAACUCAAACAUGAUAAUGAUGAGUUUUUUAACUAGGUUGGAAUGGACUCGAAAGCAGUACUUACAUCAUGUGCAUGCAACCCAACUGACUUGAGACUAGAGCCUGAAGUGCAGUAUAUUUUACAACAAAGUAAUAUGAUGUGUAAUAUUCAGUAAAAGGCAUUAUGAUAAGUCAAAACAUAAAAUGAUCUUCACAAAAUGAUUUGGUCAUACGGUGUUUUGACACUAAGAUUCUUACCAGUAAGCUAUACCAGACCUUACUGUCUUGCUUUCACCUCUGUAGAUUAUAAAUUUGGCAGAAAAAAUAAAUAUUUUAACAUAAAAAGAAUAAGCCGUAUAAAAAUUAGUGGAGCUAUGAAGAUUUUUUGGCACUAGUAUUUUAGUUUUUGUUAAGUGAUUUCCUCUCUGAAUUCCUACAACAUUCAAAUACAAAGUUUGGCACUUUUGUAUAUGUUUUGUUUUUCACUCUGAUUAUUUUGCAGUUUAAUUUCAGUUUUUGAAUUAUUUGAAGUAGAUAAUAGCGGUGUCUUAGACUGAAAUUAAGUUUAUUUAUAGUGCUUGUGCAAAAUUGUUUUCUGUAGAUUACCUGAGAUAAUCAUUUUGUGCACAUGUUUUGAACUGUAAAUAUUUAUGGUAAUGUUAAUAAACUGGUUUAACAGAA